AUGCAUAUCGAUACAAACGUCUGGAAGGGCUCUGCCCACUCAGUUCUCGAUGAAUUUUUGUAUGAGCUGCAAAACAAAAGCACGAACAUACGUGCAAACGUAACCUCGCAUCCUGUGAACAACGUCCUGCACAACAUAAACUCACCAGAACCGAGGCUUGCAAAUAAUGGAUGUGCAUUACCGCCAGUGUUUUUGACUCCCCAAACGGCUGGUAGUAAAACUAAUCACCAGGAGAUUGCAUCCACUACAACAAAAACCUCGCACAGUCGCUCUUGUAGCGCCGACGAAGUUUUAAGAGCAGCGGCGAGUGGAAAUGCUAAUGAUGAUAGUUUCCCAGCUAGGGCAUCCGAAUUGUUGGACCUUGUAGAACGGAACGCAAGCGCUCAACGCAGAUUAGCCCAUACACCCACAGUCCGGACGGAGUUGGUUGGCUACAACAACCUGGCCCAUAUCAGUCAGUUAUCUGGCGAGCCUUACACCUUCGGCAAUGAUGGCAGAGUGUUCCUCGCCACCACCGAGAGCUGCGGUCCCCAGAUCACUCCACUCGGAUCGCCUAUACAGGGCGAACAUGGUGUCACUCAUUCACACGGUGUUAAUUGUCAACUUUCACCCUUCUCACAUGCUGCACAGCAACAACUGAGCUCAAGCGCUCAUACAGUCCCAAUCCGCCCGUUACAUCUGUUGGAUGUGCACACAGAUAACAUAACCAUCAAUUGUAGCGCUAAGACGCAUUGCACCAACUGUCACCAGUACAAACCUCUGCAUGCUCCUUGCGGCCUGAACUACGAUGACUAUAAUAGUAAUGUGAAGGUGGGUGGACAGGGUUUGGAGAAACGACGCGCCUCCAAUUCAUUUACACAACAAUAUGCGAGUAUACACUUUCAGAAUAAUCUGCUUAGUAGUUAUUGUGGUACGCCGACAAAGAGUCGAUGCGACGAAACACAGGUAGGAUACCAAUCUGAGGUUAAGGAGUACAACAAAGCGCUUGACAACAGAGUGGCGAGCCUUAAGUCUACUGUGAUACGAUGA